CGCCUCCCCCAGCGGGUGAGGGGCGCGCGCAUCUGGAGAGGGGGCUCAGCGAGAGUCGGGGCCACGCAGCCACCUGUGAGCCUCCCGCAACUGCUGGCGGCGGCCGCGGUGUGCGGGGCCCCGGAGCGGAGGAGACGCUCAGCCGACCCCGCCCGCCGGCCCGCCGGGCGCACACACAGGCGCACACACACUCGCACCCGCGCGCGCCCGCACCGCCCGGCGGCAGCGGCGGCCGCCGCGAUGCUCGCCAGCAGGUCGGGGAAGUUUCCCGCCGGCCUCGGCCGCGGGCGCCGGUGCCUCCAGGUGUAGCGCCCCCGCGCGGCGCGUGCGGCCGGGCGCGUGCAGCAUGACCGGCCAGAGCCUGUGGGACGAGUCGGAGGCCAACUUCGAGGAUGGAGAGGUCCGCGUCAACGUGGGCGGCUUCAAGCGGCGCCUGCGCUCGCACACGCUGCUGCGCUUCCCGGAGACGCGCCUGGGCCGCCUGCUGCUCUGCCACUCGCGCGAGGCCAUCCUGGAGCUGUGCGACGACUACGACGACGUGCAGCGGGAGUUCUACUUCGACCGCAACCCCGAGCUCUUCCCCUACGUGCUGCAUUUCUACCACACCGGCAAGCUGCACGUCAUGGCCGAGCUGUGCGUCUUCUCCUUCAGCCAGGAGAUCGAGUACUGGGGCAUCAACGAGUUCUUCAUCGACUCCUGCUGCAGCUACAGCUACCACGGCCGCAAAGUGGAGCCGGAGCAGGAGCAGUGGGACGAGCAGAGCGACCAGGAGAGCACCACAUCCUCCUUCGAUGAGAUCCUGGCCUUCUACAACGACGCCUCCAAGUUCGACGGGCAGCCGCUGGGCGACUUGCGCAGGCGGCUGUGGCUGGCGCUGGACAACCCGGGCUACUCGGUCCUGAGCCGGGUCUUCAGCGUCCUGUCCAUCCUGGUGGUGCUGGGCUCCAUCAUCACCAUGUGUCUCAACAGCCUGCCUGACUUCCAGAUCCCCGACAGCCAGGGCAACCCUGGCGAGGACCCCAGGUUCGAGACGGUGGAGCACUUUGGCAUAGCCUGGUUCACGUUUGAGCUGGUGGCCAGGUUUGCUGUGGCCCCCGAGUUCCUCAAGUUCUUCAAGAACGCCCUGAACCUUAUCGACCUCAUGUCCAUCGUCCCCUUCUACAUCACUCUGGUGGUGAACCUGGUGGUGGAGAGCACGCCCACCUUGGCCAACCUGGGCAGGGUGGCCCAGGUCCUGAGGCUGAUGCGGAUCUUCCGUAUCCUAAAGCUGGCCAGACACUCCACUGGCCUCCGCUCCCUGGGAGCUACCUUGAAAUACAGCUACAAAGAAGUAGGGCUGCUCUUGCUGUACCUCUCCGUGGGGAUUUCCAUUUUCUCCGUGGUGGCCUACACCAUUGAAAAGGAAGAGAACGAGGGCCUGGCCACCAUCCCCGCCUGCUGGUGGUGGGCCACUGUCAGCAUGACCACAGUGGGCUAUGGGGAUGUGGUGCCUGGGACCACGGCCGGAAAGCUGACUGCCUCUGCCUGCAUCCUGGCAGGUAUCCUCGUGGUGGUACUGCCCAUCACCUUGAUCUUCAAUAAGUUCUCCCACUUUUAUCGGCGCCAAAAGCAACUUGAGAGUGCCAUGCGCAGCUGUGACUUUGGAGAUGGAAUGAAGGAGGUCCCUUCGGUCAACUUAAGGGACUACUAUGCCCAUAAAGUGAAGUCCCUCAUGGCGAGCCUGACGAACAUGAGCAGGAGCUCACCGAGCGAACUAAGUUUAAGUGAUUCCCUGCAUUAGCCAGGAGGACGUGUUGUCCUCAAUUCCAAAUUGCUGGGCUGUCUCUUGUGCCUCCGGCACAGUCCAGACACCUUAGGGGUAUGGCGCAAGGAGUAUGUCCAGCCCCGGUGGGGAGAGAUGCAUGGGCUGUGCACCCCAGGUUGCUUUUACAGCAUUUAGAAUUGUUUUUAGAGGGUGGUGUGUCUGACACCAUGCUUUUGCACCUUGCAGUGACGUGACACUCGCUGGUCUUUGCAUUGUGGGCAUCAAGUGUCCACGUUUCUGCCAGCUGAGUUCCCAGAAUGCUAGUUUCCCUGUUUCCUGUGUAUGCUAUUUUAGUGCUCAUAGCCGGGUACUGUCUGUGAAUUGUUUGUGCCCCUGUUUCUGAGGUUGUCCUGUGAGUUCUGUACAAAAAGCCCCCACCAGUGUGUCCAGUGGAAACACAUCUAUGAGGUCAGUGAGGAUAUCAUGAGAUUUUGCUCAUAGCAGUGUGAAAACAAAAUCUCAGUUCUUCACCCAUUGCUUCCACUUAGUUUUAAAACCAAAACAAAGAGAAUGCAAAGUGAAGCCCACGUCAUAGCCUAUGCAAGUCUGUGAGUUGUUUUUGUGGAUGAUCUGUAGCUUGCAUGGGUGCACCAGUCAUGUUUAGAGUGAUGUGUACUGUUGCUCGUCUUGUUCAUGUUACUCAAUCACACAUGUUGGGAAGACUGAAAUUUUCCCCAAGAACACAUGCGUUAGGGACAGGAGCCUAAGCUAAGCGUAGACCAAAUCCCAGGCUGCUUAAAGCCAGUGUAUGGUGAGCCCUUCCGAUCAUGGUCUGGCCUCCAUCUUUCCUAGGGUGACCAUAGAGACCUGUGUUUCUGGCUGAGGUUCCUGGUCUAGGCUAUUUGACCAAAGUUUGUUGUGUCUUAAGUAUUAGCAUGUUUUUGAAAUAUUCAUUUUUAAGAUGUUUAGGAUUAAGGUCGCGUUGUCUUUCUCGACUAAAAAGGUUUAAGUGUUGCAAUGUCUCCCUGAUGUGAAUGUCCUUAGAUUGUUAGUUAGCAAGGGCAGUAGCUAGAAAACUUCUCUUGCCUGCUCUGAAAGCUCGUAAAACGAGAGCCCUUUGAUUUCCAAGCAGAGUCUGCUUGGAUCAUUUUGCUUCUAGGAUACGGUGUGUAUCUGGGGCCCCGAUUGCCCUGGAGUUCCUGCCUCGGUGUGGAACUCUGUCGACAUGGAAGUCUGUAUUUACAGAGGAGGUGUGUUUUACUCAGGAUGGAAGCACUGUGGUCCCCACUCCCGCUCCAGGUGCCCUUUUUGUCGAGGGAGGAUGGGUAGAGCCAGAAGAAAGAAAGAGUUACAAAGCAAAAAAAAAAAGACAAUAUAUAA